AUGGCGUCUGCGUCACCUCCAGAGGCAUUUGUCGACGACUCCAACACGCCUACAGUAACGGCUAUCAUCCCAGGACCACCACAACGAUCCAUUCAAGCACUCAUUAGCGAUCCACCUCCGCCUUAUCCUUCUCCCCGUCGUACUCGUCGAGUCAACAACCGCUCUCAAUCUAGCCCGAAUACUCCAGAACCGGUACAUCUACAAGUACCUUCGUCCGAAUCAGCACAUGAGCCAGUCGAGGAAACAACACCUCUGUUGGGUAGCAAUAACACUGGUACGGUUGGACGACGAAGAGGUACGAGACCAAGAUCUGGGUCUCAUACUGGAAGUGUUUUUUCGUCUGUUUCUGUGGCACCGUCGUUAUCACAGACGGUCACCUCACUGUUCCAGACGGAGUAUGAUUCAGAUUAUGGAGGCGAGGAUGCGGGUGACGAGGGAGAUAGUACGGAUGAAGCUCCUGAAGGAAGGACGAGGACACAUGAAGGACAUCAAUACACACCAUUACCGACAACAAACAACGGCCAGUUCACCGUCCAAGACGAAGACGAGGUCCAAGAAGGACAUCGUUCAAAAUCAUUGUCGUGUUGGAAAAAUCAUUGGUUCCUGUCGAAACCAUUUUGGAGACGUUAUUACCACCCCUUUACUCGGAAACCUUAUUACCAUGCCUUUAUCCACCUCGCAGUCAUCAACUUCCCCUUUGCCCUUUUGGCUUGGAUCUAUCUUUUCGUUUUCACUUUGACGGGUACAGCUCUACUCAUUACUCUUCCCAUCGGAGCACUCUUAUGCUUUCUCAACGCAAUAGGUGCUCGUACAUUUGCGCGUGGGGAGCUUUACCUCCAAACCAAAUUCCACAAACCAUCCCUCCAUCUCUACCCCGCAUUGAACUCUGACUCUCCCUAUCCUCACCCUUACCCUCUCUUCAUUCGGUUACGCCCACCAACCGCAGCAGAGAUCGAGAGCGGCCUCGCUUCGAGGGGAGAUUUACUACCCGAAAAUUCAUUCUACAGGAAUUCAUAUGCUAUGUUCGCAGAUCCAACGACAUACCAAUCCCUAUUCUACUUCCUCGUCAUCAAACCAGCUAUCACCCUCGGUUUAUCGCUUCUCAUAGUGAUCGUGUUCGUACCGAUGAUUGUUUUGGGGCUCGUCACGGGUGGGCUUACAGUGCCUCCUGCGAUGAGAGCUGUCAGGAGGUUGGGUAGGUGGCAGGCUGGGGUGGCGAUUGAUGGGUUGGUUCCGAUUCGGAGGACGUGA